UGCCACUUGCCCUCUCCAGAUGUUCCCCCGCCAACCCGUCAAACACAUUCGACAACAAGGCUCAACCUGCGCCAACUCCUGUGCAGCAUUCCACACCACAACCUCACAUCACCAACUUGCCCACCCACUCGAAGCAACUUCGCUUUGCAACCUCAUGAAAGCCAUUGCUCAACAGUCUCACCAACCUUCCUCCCCAUUCUCCAGUCUCGCCUCCUUCAUUGCCAUCGCAUGAAGCCUUAGCCCGUCAUUCGCGCCUUUAUCAAUCGUCGCACAACUCGACCUCCGCUCAGACGCGGCCCUUCGACAACAUGGGCGCCGCCGAUUCCCCUGCCAGAAAGCAGCCGCAGCCAACGGAUCGUUCACCAUUGUCCGUAAUCUCCAACCAAGCCCUUCCGAGCGAGGCACCCAUUGCCGAAUCCGCGACCUCGUCGACCACCGGCGCCUCCUCAACCCUGUCGGAUGUCCCGAAGUCAAAGUCGAAGAAAAAAACAAAAAAGAAAUUGAAUUUGGAUGCGGGACAGGAGCGCCUGCUCCGUUGCUACUUCGGCUUACGAGAAUAUGCUGGGGACUACCUCACUCCCGCCGACGCGGCCAGAGUCGAUAUCUCCAUAUCUUCUCUCGACCUGUUCUCGAACGAUGUGUCAGAUGGGGGCCCGCGUUUCAUUGAACCGGUUUCGUGGGCAGACAUGAAUGCGUUUGUGCAGCGCAGUCGACCCUGGGAGGACCGCACCCUUCUUCCCUUAGAGGGAGAAGAGAGGCCAGAGAAUCGGGAGGGCUUUGUCUGGGUCGAGGAUUUCAUGUUCCACGAGGCCGGCUUCAUGCUGAGCGCCCUGGAAUCCUUCGGCCGCACGCAGCCGGACCCCGACACUUGGGAUUGUGAGUGGUUUAGCAAUGCCUGGAAGGACAGUCGCGGGAGCACCAGAUGGUCUCCGCUUCCUCUCAUCAGCCCGACAGAUUACCGCUUAUGGCUGCUCCACUCCGUCAUAGAACCGACCGACUCCUCCACGCCCCACGUGCAGGUCUUGUUGCAGAGUAAAGUGCCUCUGCAGGACGACACGCUCACCACUGGAGAGAUGAUCAUCGCUACCGCCGUGCUGGCUACCCGUCGGUACUUUGAGGGCAAGACAUACAACCAUCACCGAUAUGUCCCGGCCACCAUUUUUUCCGCCUGUUGCCGCCAACUGCGCCUCCUCCAGGUAUGGCACGAUAAAGAGCAACCGCUCGCCGUGCACGUGCGUCAGUCGCGCAUGUUCGACUUCACCGAAGGAUACGAAGCGAACUACAGGGAUUGGAUUACAUUCGUGUGCUGGCUGAUGGGCAGCCCGAUCUGCCAGCCGGCCAGCAGCCAGGUUGCCCCGACCGUGUGCAGCCCUGGAGGCGGGGCAACGGCCGGGGCUUCGGAGGGCGACAAGUCAGAGAGCGCUCGUUCGGGCAGCAGCCACUCGGACAGCCAUCAGUCUGAUGACUCGCCAGGUGACUCGCUACACAGGAGCGAAACGGCGGGCGCCAGCCAGUGUUAGGGCUGGCACAACGACGCGCUUUUUUCUUUUUUUCUUUUUUUUUUCUUUUUUUUUUUUUUUUUCUCGCC